CUUUGGGCAAUCACAUUUGAAAAACUUUUACUCUAAUCAUAAUAAUCAUAAUGGCGGUGGAAAAUAACCCAGAGGAUCUGUUGAGGAGACCUCUAUAUGUAUAUGAUCUCCCUCAGGGACUCCUUUCGACCUUGUCCACAAAGAACGAAAGCCAACCCAUAACCGCAAACGACGUCGCUGAGCCUGUUAGCAAAGCCUCAGACGAGACAUCGCAGGAACAUGCCAUUGCAUCAUCUACCACCUGCAACCUUUGUAAAGUAUCCUUCGUGAAUGUGGAAGAGCAGCGGGGUCAUGCCCGAUCGGAUCACCAUAGAUAUAACCUCAAGGCGCAGCUACGAGGCAACCCAACGUUUGAUGAAAUCCAAUUUAACAAGGCAGUUGGAGAGUUGGAUGAGUCAAUUUCUGGAUCAGAGUCGUCGGAAGAAGAUGAACAAGAGGAGGAUGGAUCAAACACGACACUCACGGCUCUGCUGAAGAAGCAGGCAAGAAUAGCUGAGGCGAACGAUGAUGAUGAAGAAUCUUCACCGCGAAGAAACACUGGAAAACAUCCUAUCUUCUGGUUUUCAAGCUCCAUCUUACCUUCGAAUACGUCGUUGGGUAUUUACAGGGCUCUGUUCACAAACAUUGAGCAAGACGAGCCAAAGCAUCUUGUGGAGUCUAUUCGCAAAAAGCAGCUAUCACCUACAUACCCCCAGCGAAACAACAGCUCCGUUCCAAAAAAUCCCGCCCCUCCUUCCGGCCCUAGCCCUCAUGUCUUUAUGUGCAUGAUAGGCGGUGGCCACUUCGCUGCGAUGCUCGUUUCGCUGGCCCCAGAAAUCCACCGACGACAGGGAGGUAUUAUCGAUAGACAAGCCAAUGUAAUUGCGCACAAGACCUUCCACCGAUACACGACACGACGAAAGCAAGGCGGAUCGCAGUCUGCCAGUGACGCCUCUAGAGGCGCUGCGCAUUCGGCCGGUUCUAGUCUGAGACGGUACAAUGAAGCCGCACUGGAGAAGGAAAUCCGGGAAUUGCUAUCGGAUUGGAAACAGAUGAUAAACGAUGCGCAGUUGCUGUUUAUCCGAGCUACAGGCAGUACGAACCGAAGAAUUCUAUUUGGCCAGUAUGAUGGCCAGGUUCUGAAGCAGAAUGACCCGAGAUUGAGAGGGUUUCCAUUCAGCACUCGUAGGGCAACUCAAAGCGAGUUGAUGCGAUGCUUCAAGGAACUCACCCGUGUUAAGGUCAGUCAGAUCGACGAAGCUGCCAUCGCUGCGGCAGAGGCCAAGCAGCGCGAAGAGGUAAAAAAGCCCUCAACGCCACGGCCGCAACCGCAGAAGCCAAAGAUUUCGAAAGAGGAUGAAGCCGCCAUGCUUCACUCAACCCAAAUCCAAGCCCUCAUCCGUCGCUCCAAAAUUCCCGCCCUGAUAUCUUAUAUCUCUAAUAACUCAAUCCCCCCAUCCUUUACAUUCCUGCCAUCCGACUCCCAGCAGAAUUUCCGCUGCCCAACCCCUCUCCAUCUCGCCGCAAACUCCAAUUCUUCAUCCGUGGUGUUGGCUCUUCUCACUAAAGCCAACGCCGAUCCCACUAUGACGAACAACGAAGGAAAAAACCCCUUUGAGCUAGCUGGUGAUCGAGCAACCCGUGAUGCCUUCCGUAUUGCCCGUCACGAAUUGGGUGAAUCGAAGUGGGACUGGGAUGCGUGCAAGGUUCCAUCGCCGAUAUCCAAGGCCGAUUCCGAUAGCCGAGCAGAGAGGGAGCGAAAAGCUGCAGAAGUGGAAGAAAAGACUAGACGCCAAGCCGAGCUAGAACGUCUGAAGAAAGAGGAUGCCGCAAAAGCGGCUCAGUCACAACAGUCGAGAAAACCGGGUCGCGCUUUGGGUGCGAUGGAGAAGACUGCAGCUGAUAUGAGAGAAGAAGAAAUGCGUGGAAUGACGCCAGAGAUGCGAAUGAGGCUGGAAAGAGAAAGACGUGCGAGGGCAGCUGAAGAGCGAAUCAAAAGAAUGCAGGGGAAAUAAAUAUAGACUAGAAGUGCAUUUCCUAGAGAAGCGAAUAUGCAGUUAUGAAAUGAAUGAUGUCUAUGAUGCAAGC